CUACUUUUUCCAGCAAUAACUUGCACUAGACUACUUCUCCUUAUGGCCCUGUCGAAAUUGAUUGACAUAAAUUUCGUAUUAGUUGAGGGCACGACAGGACAUCGCAAUACAUAUUUUCUCCUUCAAUAUAUGAGUUUCCCCAUUAAAAUAUAAAUUAAUGACAGAAAUAUAGGGCCUUCCUGUUUAACAUCAAAUGAUCCUGGCCAAGAAUGGGUCAAGUUCCGGCAGUUCUUUUGUAUCGAGCUCAAGUGUAUUGACCGACAUUCAGACAACGCUUUCUGACUUGCAAGAGAGUUUAAGUGAAUCCCGGAAACUGGAGCGCCGUCUAAAAUUAGCCCUGGGAGAGCAAACAGUUCGUAGUAGUCAACUGGAGGACACACUGAAACGAGAGCGCACCCGAAAUGAGAAACUGCUAGAGGUAAUGAGAGGAGUCGACUCUUCCUCGUCGACAACCACUCCUCGGGGCUCUGAUUCGCCGCUUAGUACACUGCAUGACAAUAAGAAUAUCCUAGACACAGUCAGUCCUAUUCUUAUGCAAUAUAGGUAUGAUGAACUAUCACUUUCGCAUAAACGUUGCUUAAAAAUCCUUUCCCGCAAAGAAAGUCUACUUAAAACUGCUCUAAGCGAAAAGGAGAGUAUACAGGCCAAGUAUGAUGAUUUACUUGUACAGUUUCAAAAACUUCAAAAGAAAACGGAGGUGCUAUGUUGUAAAUAUUUUACACUUCGGGCUAAGAAAACAGAAGAGGUUGUUCAAUUACGUGAACUCUUAAAUUAUGCUAUCAAAUUACUUUCAAAGGCUCGAAGAGGGAGGAGGUGCAGCUCAUGAUUAAAGAGGUUGAGUAGUAAUUUGAGAGAGAAGUAAUUGGAUGCUACUUCCUUGUCGAUAAAUUUGCUGUGUUUUAAGGAAAUGUUUUAGGAUCGGUGUAUUUUAGAAAAUUUAAUUAUAUAAAAAUAUCUAAUAUAAGCAGUUGCUCUGUGAUAAAUAAUGAUAA